CCGCCGCCGCCACUGCUGCUGCUGCUGCAGCCGGAGCAUCCGGGAGCCGCCGCCACCGCCGCCGCCGCUACCAAGCGCUGCUACCGCGGCUGCCGCCUCUUCUAACUGGACUCUGACACCGGAGCGCGAGCGGCGGUGCUGCCAGCUUGCUGCCCCUGUCCCCCACCCCUCCCUCCCGUGACCUACCCACUCCUAGCAGCCCUCGCCUGCACCUUCCUCGACACCCAGGCAUCUCCGCAUCACCUGCUUGGGCAGCCUCCGGGCGGGCCAGGCGGGCUCUGGGACUUGCCGCCGCGAGCUCCCCGAGAGGAAGGCAAGCUCCAAACCGGUGCCGGGCAGACCGGGUGUCGGGGCUGCACCGCCAGCAGCCUCAGGAGAAGAAGAAACUAUUUAGCCCACCGAAACCGUAUUGUGCGGGUGCUCUGCCACUGCCGCUUCAGCUGCCGGCCACCCGCUUCCGCGCGUGUUCGAACACCGCAGCUGCGGGAUCGCGGGUCCGGCGGGAGCCGGGAGGACGACAACCGCGGGAGCCUUUGCACUGCGUGCUACGCUCAAGCAGCACCUCCUCGCCCCCCUCGAUCCUUCCCCAGACCCUUAGAGAAGGGACCAUGAUUUGGAAACGCAGCGCGGUUCUCCGCUUCUACAGCGUCUGCGGGCUCCUGUUACAAGCGGCUGCUUCGAAAAGUAAAGUCAAAGGCAGCCAAGGGCAGUUUCCACUAACUCAGAAUGUAACGGUUGUUGAAGGCGGAACCGCAAUUUUGACCUGCAGAGUUGAUCAAAAUGAUAACACCUCCCUCCAGUGGUCAAAUCCAGCUCAACAGACUCUGUACUUCGAUGACAAGAAAGCUUUAAGGGACAAUAGGAUCGAGCUGGUCCGCGCUUCCUGGCAUGAACUGAGCAUCAGCGUCAGUGAUGUGUCUCUCUCUGAUGAAGGGCAGUACACCUGCUCCUUAUUUACAAUGCCUGUCAAGACUUCCAAGGCCUAUCUCACUGUUCUGGGUGUUCCAGAAAAGCCGCAGAUUAGCGGGUUUUCGUCACCAGUCAUGGAGGGAGACCUGAUGCAGCUAACUUGUAAGACUUCUGGAAGUAAACCUGCGGCUGACAUAAGAUGGUUCAAAAAUGACAAAGAAAUUAAAGAUGUUAAGUAUUUGAAAGAGGAGGAUGCUAAUCGAAAGACCUUCACCGUCAGCAGCACGCUGGAUUUCCGAGUGGACCGUAGCGAUGACGGAGUGGCUGUCAUCUGCAGAGUAGACCAUGAGUCCCUCAAUGCCACCCCUCAGGUAGCCAUGCAGGUGCUAGAAAUACACUAUACACCAUCAGUUAAGAUUAUACCAUCGACUCCUUUUCCACAGGAAGGACAAGCAUUAACUUUGACCUGUGAAUCUAAAGGAAAACCACUGCCAGAACCUGUUUUGUGGACAAAGGAUGGUGCAGAAUUACCAGAUCCUGAUCGAAUGGUCGUGAGUGGUAGGGAACUCAACAUUCUUUUCCUGAAUAAAACGGACAACGGCACGUAUAGAUGCGAAGCCACGAACACCAUCGGCCAAAGCAGCGCAGAGUAUGUCCUCAUUGUACAUGAUGUUCCUACCACUUUGCUUCCCACUACUAUCAUCCCCUCCCUUACCACUGCACCAGUAACAACCACUGUAGCCAUAACAACCAGCCCAAGCACAUCUGCGUCAAGCAGCAGCAGAAGAGAUCCCAAUUCUCUGGCUGGCCAGAAUGGCCCCGAUCAUGCUCUCAUAGGAGGAAUAGUGGCUGUAGUUGUAUUUGUCACUCUGUGCUCCAUAUUUCUGCUUGGUCGAUAUCUGGCAAGACAUAAAGGAACAUAUCUAACAAAUGAAGCUAAAGGUGCUGAGGAUGCCCCAGAUGCUGACACGGCCAUUAUCAAUGCUGAAGGCAGCCAAGUCAACGCUGAAGAGAAAAAAGAGUAUUUCAUUUAAAAUUCGGGCCAGACGCUCUGAGUUUUACCUACCAGGCUGACUGCUGGAGAAACCUGGCAAUCAUCUUUCAGAAACCAUUCCAACCAUCCUCUACUACUUUUAUUAACACCCAUACUGCACUGCUCUCAGUAGCCAGUGUAUACCAACACUCAGCGGUUGAAAGCAUCACCCUUUAAUUACUGUACCAUCCAUAAUGCAGGACAUUUCUUAUUGCCUAAAUUUGACACCAUUGCUCUUUUAACAUACAGUGCUUGAAUAUACAGCCUUAACAAUGUUAAUCAUCUCACUGGAUCAUGAUAUUGAGUUGUUUUUAUGCAUUGAUGAAAUGUAUGAAGAGUCCCACCCUACAUUUGUUUUCCUUUAAGUCAUAGACUUUAUUGGUUUGCCAUUGGACAGUUUUCACAAGUCACAGGAUUAGGUAAUGGCCUAAUGUGCUUACGUUUAAUCAAAGAUUAGAGGUUUACAAACUAUGUUUUCUACCUGUCUAUCUUCCAAGAUAACAUGUUGUGGAAACAUAUGCCCUAGAAAACACAAACUGAAAACAGUGUAGUGUAGUUUCUGGAAUGUCUGAGAUUAUAUUGGUAAUACUGUAUCAAGUUACUAUUUUAACAUUUAGUGUUUGAUACAGGCACCAUGUGUAUGGAUUAUAAUCAUGACAUGACACCUUAUAUUAUUAUAUAGAUCCUACCAUUAGGUUAUUGUAGCUUCAUUUACCAAUAAAUUAUUACAAACAUUUAACCGCUUCGGGAAUCAUAAAGAUUUCAUUCAUUUCUCUAUUUGAUUCUAUAAUUUAUUUACUCCAUGAGGAUUCACCUGUAAACAAAAGUGAAGUAGGGCACAAUUUUGAGACAUUUUAGUAUCUGUAUAUAGUGCAUAUAAUAAAUCCAAUUAAACAUUAUUUGAUACAUAUUUAACUUUUUUGGCUGUAGGUUAUUCAGUCAUAAGUACACAUUUUCUAACGUCCAUUAUAUCCCUUUAGAUAUUACUUAAACUGAUAUUAUAAGUAGAUAACAUGUAUUAGUAUUUUUGUCUGUAUGUCCUAGCACUGUCAACAACAAAUUUUUCUAGUUCUUGUUAAUUUUUAUUUGUUAUACAAUGGAAGCACAAUGUUACAAGGAAAGGUAAUUUUAAGCUAACAACCAGUGCACAGCCUCAGGUUUUAAAUCGCAACCACAGUUGAAUAAUAACCUAAAAACAAACUCUUAGUUUGAUAAAAAAAAAACAACUUACACAUUUUUAUUUGGCAGUUUCAGGGCUGCUUAACUAUGUUGAUUUGCCUAAAAGGAAGUGUUUAGGAUAUGUUUUCUGUAUAAAUGAACUAAUUCUUUACAUUAAAUUCCUGUCUAUGCAUUCUGUGAGGUACAAACUUAUUAUAAACAGUAAGAGAUAGAAAACCCCUGCCAUACUCUUAACUCCAAGGUGAAAGUCUCUUUCUCUGGAUUAUUUUGAAAUUUUGGUGUAUUGAACUAUUACAAAAUUCUGUAAUCUUAAAUAUGACACAGUCAAUAUAAAGUCUUAUUUCAUUGGGUGACAUAUAAUAUUGGUAGACUAGUGUUCAUUAAAGCUAUUAGCAGCUAAAGAAUAAAAUCCAGUUAGAUUAAAAAUUAUUUUGCCAUUUGCAAGCAUUGCACCAUUAAGAAGAAAACAAUAUUACAAUAUGGUAGCUGCAUUUGUGAUGUCUGACAGCAUGAUGGCCUAGAGUUUUAAUGAUACCUUGGAAUUUAUUUGGGGGAAACAAGAAUGACUGAAUACAACAUCCUGUGUUAGUAUCAAAUGAAGGACAAGGGUGCUGUAUACUAGAUUAUUUAUCAGAAAAGCAUCAAACUUUCAAGGAAAAUGUUAGAAUUUUUAAGUUUUUUUAAUUGUGUAGCAUUUAUCUUGUUGAUUUCUUGCAAAAGAAAAAGGACGAUGUCAGUCAAGCAGCACUUUUUCAAAAUAUACAGAACAUAAAUAAUAUGAUGUGGUUGAGUGUUAACAUAAUAAAUCAUAUACAGUAUGACAUUUUAAGGAAAUAAGUCUGCAUUGAUGUGAUUGCAUGCUUGUUUUUACAGUUCACUCCAUACCAUCUGUGGAAAAAUGCAAUAAUAUGUUAAUAUAGUAUGGUAGUUUGAGAGAAUCAGGUAGGUGCCUCUAGACACAUUGAAACUAGAAUAGGUCUAUAAACUGCUCAUAUCUUUCAAUGCAUAACCUUUAGAAAGACUCCACACAGCAAAGUUCAUCCUGUUAGUACAAAAUGGAAAGGUCCUUAUUGCUAAGUACGUUGUAUAACUGCAUCAUCAAUUACUAUUUAAAGCCUAAUUUCAGGACACAUUUGCAAAAUUGCUACUCUUCAUCGAUGCUGUAUUUACAUCCUUCUUCAUCUAUAUUCUACUUGGCUCCAACUGCUAAAAUUAUUACCUAAAUAACACAAUCAUUAUUUAUAGCACAGCAAAAUUAGAAAUUCAAAAUUGUUUGCUUUUCAAGGCAUUUGACUCUUUUAACCCUUCCAAGAAAUAAACCCCUUAGAACUUGUAAAAAGAAAACCACUGGCAGAUAAAAAUUUGUGGGCUCUAAUCAAAUGAUUUUCCAUUAAACAUGGCUACUUUGAUUGAAUAUCAUUUCCUGACAUGGGAUAAAAAAGAUGGAGUUAUACUUUUCUGUAUUGAAAGGUUAUUUGAUUUUCACUAAAGGAAAUAAGUUGCAAGAAUUCUGGGCAUUCCCCAUUCCAGCAAAUAAAAGAAAAAUGAGAUAAGAUUUCUAAGCUGGACUCCUGUCAACUGAGAAGCCUGAAAUUUGUACAGUCAUAUGCUCAAGGAGCCACUUUCUUUCACUGCCAAGGCAGUUCAGUAGAUAGGGGACACAGUGGAAAGAGUGUGUGCACAUGACCCUCAAGGCCUAUGAGCAUCAUUUGUUAAAAAAGAAGUUCCUCUCUGCCAGAAAUGUUUACAGUAUGCAUUGAUUGUCCUCCAUCAGAAAUCGCUAACCAACAUUCUUCUUGCCUUCUUUUCCUUUUUGAAUGUCCUGGGGAGAAUGGUGAUCAAAACUAGGGGAAGAAAGGAAGAGUUUGAGUGCAAUAGUAAAGACAAAAUAUCCUAUUGGAAUAUCGAUGUGUAUGUGUGCAUGUGUUUGUUUGUGUGUGAAUGCAUGUGUGUGCACGUGUAUGUGUGUGUGUGAGAGAGUAUUUAAGAGAAGAGAGAUUUAAAAAAAAGAAAGAGAAAGAGAUUCCAAUUUCUUUUCUUUUACCAGAAAUUACAAGAAGCAAUUUAAGGAACCUGAUAUUGUGAUUUAAUCUAGAAACUGGAUGAUUUCAUUAAAGAUGUCUAGUCUUUCAUAAAACUACAAUUAAAUCAACUGAUAGAGAAAGAAAAACAACUUUCCUGAUUAUAGCAAAGAAGCUAACACCUCAUUUUUAUUGUUUGGGCUUUUAUUGUUGUUCGUUUGUUUUUUUUGUAAAAAAAAGAAGUAUAAAUAUUCAAUUAAAAAGACAGAUUCACUUGUAAUUAUGUAUUCAUGACUGUAACAGCAUUGAGAGUCCAUAUAGGCACAUGUACAGCAGCUGUUUGACAGUAGUGACUCUUCCAUGUAACGUAGAAGUUAUUGUGUGAUUUAGUGCCACUUAUUGCAAAGUGUUACCAAUGGGCACAUUGAAAAUGCUUUUCCUUCCCCACCUUUUAGACAUAAGUACAAAAUCACUAAAAUAUCAAAUUCCACAGUUCUACAGUUGUGGGAAUAAAACAAGAAUCUUCAUACUGUACUCUAACCUUCCCAUGAUAUUUUAGUUCCAGAAACCUUUUGGAAAAUGUCCAGUUUUAUUUCCUUUAGCAAAUGGUAAUCUGUGAUGGAUACAGAAAAUGAAAUGAUUCACCAGUGAUCACAACUGAAAUAAGUAAAAAUCCUAGAGAAAAUUACUGAUGAGUAAUGCUUUUUGUUAAGUGGCACCAAGUACACACUAAAAACUAUGCAAAAUAUAGGUAACUACAGUGUAUGUACAUGUAAGUAUCUUGUACUAGCUGUGUAUGGAUGUCAGAAACCCAUGUAAUUAUAAUAUGCAUUUUGAAUUCUGGGAAAGAGGAAAUCUUAGUGUAGAUAAUAUAAUUUGUUUUGAAAUACUCAUUGGCAAUAUUGAAAUAUACUCAGUGCAAUAUCUGUAAUUCUAUUGCUGGGCACUUAAUGCAAAGGGAUUUAAAAUACUCUUAAACAAGAUCCAAGAGUUUGCUAAUCCACCACUAAAGUAUUAAAGCACUAACAACAACAAAUUAUUUUUUCCUACUUAAUUAUUGAGGUAACAAAGGAAAUUUGUUUGGUUUAGUGUUUAACAUUACUGCAGAGAAUGAAAUAACAUGGAUUUUAAUCUUGGUUUAUUUCUAAUCGAAUUUGACAUUCUUCAGCUUUCUUUGAAACAUGUGUGCUUUAAUAGAUUGAAGUACUUUGAUUAUAAGUACAAAUUUAUUCAAAGAACAUAGGGUAUAUUUAUAAGUUAAAGUCACUUAUAGUUUAAUGGGGAAAUCCUAUCUUUUCUGUACUCUCCUUUGUCUCCCUAUCACAAUCCAAACAUGCCCUUUGCACUUCUAUGUACCCUUCCAAAGGCAGUGGAGUGAAAGCAGCAAGAUAAUAAAGAGAGUUAAAUGGGACAGUAUAUAUGAAUGGCUACUAAAAUCAUCAGCAUUUUUAUGUAUUGAGAUUACUAUUGAAUGCAAUAGUUAUUGGAUAUAGCUGGUAAUUUCUCUGCCAUGCAUACUUACAAUAAUUCUUCUACCUCUCACUUUUAACAUGGGCUAUGAUACUUCAAUAUAAAUAGAGGAAGUAAAUAUUUACAAGAUAUCCCAGGAAGCAUCAUUUUGGGACUUUCUUAACAAUGCAAUCCCCACUCCCUGGGAAAUCUCAAAAGCCAACUUCUUGUAGUGUAUUCUAUGGUGUAUGGAUAUGCGUUUGUUUAGCUUCUCUAUUAUUAGCUUCAUAUAGGUAACUUGGUGAGGACAGGUCUUUCCAUGCCUAGUUAAUAGUUUGCUGUUAUGUAAAUGUAACUUUUAAAAAGUGAUUUGAUGGCAACAUUUUACAAUCCAAUCUGAUAGUUCAUUUCAGUUGUUAAAGUGUAACAAUUUCUUGAAAUUCAAUGUUGUGUUUUAAGUACAAAUCAUGUAUGAUUUAAUUUCCAGAGAAGUGUUAUCUAUAUAAACAAAAAUUAAUUAUUUUAGAACUGCCUCCUUAUGAACAAAUAACCCCAAACACUUAAAAAUAUUGCCUCAAACAUCCACUUUUUCUGCCUAGGCAUGACAUGAACUUUUCAAUGAUGUAAUUUAAAUAUGUUAAAAUAAAAUGCCAUUUUAUGAGCGUAUUUUCCUUUAGGAAAAAAAUAGAUUACAUAAAUUUAUGAAAUUACAAUGGUGAAUCUAUAAAAGACACUUAAAGAUGUUUCUAUGUUAUGUGGUUAUGUUGUAAAUAGUGUUUGGUUUACUCUUUACCAUCUUUUCCUUAUAUAUGUAUACAUACAUAUAUAUGUAUAUAUAUGAAAUGUGUGAUUAUUUUGGAGAAAAUGGGCCCAAAUGUGGAAACGAUGUAAAGAAAACACUAUUCCCCCUUGGAAAUAUGCUGUAUAUUUCAAUGAUGUUAAGUUAAAAGACAAGUGAAAAUUGCAGGGGCACAAGAAAUAUCUACCAGGGCUCAGCACUUAAGCACUUUUUCCCACAUCCAGGGUCAAAGCAGUAGCGAUUCCUACAUGGACUUUUAAGUGCAGCAUGAAAUGCAGCAUUACACGAAUACACAGUACUGUCAAACCUCAAAUGCUUUCUUUCUUUAGAUGCUUUCCCUUGUACAUGAUCCUAGUAGACAUGUUUUUAUAUUUGCUGAUAGUGAAAGUCAUGCGCAAUAAAAUACAAUGGUUGAAAGCAGUAGUCACUAAUCGGUUAAAGACAAGUACAAAAUGUAAACAGAGUUGCUAUAUUUCUCCUCUUUGGUUUUCUCUGUGGUUCUGGUGUGUUGACUGAAUCUCAUAAAUAGAAUGAAAAGCAAUCUAGAAGUUUUCAAAGCUAGUAAUAUUGCUCCUUAUAAAUAUGUAACAUUUUAAUCUUUUUACAGACUUAUUUCUCUGUACUCACUGUACGUGUUGUAGAUUCAAUGACACAAUGGAGUAGUGACCCAAGGAUUUCUGAGUUUGGAAUGACAUCUCUUUUCUUCAUAUUUAGUUUUUAAUCAAUAUUUGUGAAUUGGUUGUUUAACUUUUUAUUCAGCCAUGAAUAUUACUUAAAGAAAGCUUCAUUCUUAUCAUAAAUAUUUCAGUGUAAACAACCUUGCUACAGGUUUACCAUAUUAAAAAAUUUAAAGACUUAUCUCUGAAAACAGUGUUCAAAAAUGCAGGUGUUCCCAGUAAUGUAGCUUCAAAAAUACAGUGUUGUAUUUAUAUGACUUGAAAUCCAUAUCUUUUGGAAGGGUAUACUUGUGACAGCAUUAAAAUAUAUUCUGUGCUGUAAAGAUGAUUCACCAAAAUGAAGCAUCUUCCAUAGAAAACAAACACAAUUAUUGAAUCUAUUCUUAUCAUGAACAUUUUCACAAAACAAAAUGCAUAUUGUAAUAUUAAGUACAUGACACUUGCAUGUUGAUAUGCCUAUAUACUUACAAAGUAUUCAAUGUGUACUGAGUGGCACUUCAAAUCUGUCAUGUACAACUCUUAUAAACAUGCCUACAGGGUUCCCAUUUACACUCCAUCCUUUCAGUAAAGUCUCCUCAGAAAAAAAGUUGUCUGAUAAGUAUGGAAAAAAUAAAAUUUGAAUUUUAGUUAUCUGUUGGACAUUACUGAACUGUUUCUUCAUUUAGUGCAUUUUAGGCUUGAAAGCACCCAUUGAGAAAAUGAACUUGCUUUUCUCCAGUGAAAGGUUGCAAAAAAUGGGGUGAAACAUAUUCUGUUAUGCCAAAUACAUUACUUUGAAUCUUUUCUUGAUUGCAUAGCAUAUCCCUUUUUUAUGUUUCCUCGAGGACAUACAAGUUUCUUGUAAAUUUCCAAAAUGGACCUCUUUGUUUUUUUAAAAAUGAGAGCUACUUAAAAAUUAAAUAUUAUCUUGCUGAUAUAGCAUUUAAUCAUUACUCCUUGAAAUGUAUGAACCUUGUAAUAUGCUGGCUAAUGGUUAAAAAAGUGUCACUGACAUAAAGAAUUUUGCUUGAGAUUGCCAACGUUCAAACUUUGUAAAGGUAAUUUUACAUCCACUUAUUUGUGUUUACUAAUGUUGACUAUGAACAAAAGCAAACAUAUCUAAACCAAUUUCUUUUUAUUUCCACAAUCUAACCAAUAUAUUUCAACUACCUAUAAUAAUGCAAUUAACCUUAUAUACAUCCUAAGCUUAUAACAAUAAGAAUUUGAGAUAAGCUUUUAAAUUUAUGGAAGAUUUUCUUUGUGUCUUUGGAAGUUCACUUACCAUGAGGUAUUUUGUAGUCUACUUUAAAUAACAGAUUUUGUUAUACAGGGUAAGCCAAAGGCUGUACAAGAAUUAGUGCCAUUGGGUCUGAUAUUUGUGUUGGACCAUGAAAUAUUCCAUUAAAAUUUGUCUGUAAAUACAA